UACGAAAUAAAAUAGUGUCCAUAUUCAGUGUUUAUACAAUAUUAUUGGAUUUUAGUUUGAAAAUUCAUUUAUUGAAUUCCUAUAAUACAAAAUUUUAUCAAAAUGGGUCGACGUUCGAUCAAUACCACCAAGAGUGGAAAGUACAUGAAUCCGACGGAUCAGGCCCGCAAGGAAGCACGUAAGAAGGAACUGAAGAAAAACAAAAAGCAACGGCAAAUGGUCCGUGCGGCUGUUCUGAAAGGCAAAGACCCGGCCCAGCUAAUCGAGGAAAUGGAAAAAAUAGACGAGAUGGAAUUUAAUGUAUAUCAACCUUCGCCGUUGAAUGAAAAAGUAUUGAAAGAGAAACGGAAAAAGCUUAAAGAGACAUUGGAUCGGGUUAUGCGACUGUACCAGGCCGAUGAUCCAGAUUUGUGGGGUGAGUUAAAGCGGAAGGAAGUUGAUUACGAAAAGCGUAGGAAUAAGCGAAUUCAAUAUUAUGAGAGUGUUAGACAUGCCGAGCAAGUUCAAGUUGAUGAUAUCCCAUUACCAUCAGCAAAUGAAACACCUACUCCUCUCUCUAUUCCCCGAAUUCCGAUACCUCCGACGUUGCCUACAAUUAUUCCGCCACUGAAACCUAUGCCACCUCCGGUCUUGAAGAAACCGGUGGAAAAUCCUAUUGAACCAAUGGAACCCGUAGAUGACGAUGACGAUAUCCCUGGAUGUCCACCAGGGCCACCUCCUGACAUAUUCAUGAUGCCGGAGCUUGAUUUCGAGUUGGAAGAAUUUCACAGUGAAACUCAGAAAAGCGUUAAAUUCUUUGAUGAUGCCGAUUCUCGCGAUAACUCUGAUGAUUCGGAUGUGGAAAAACCAAAACAACCAAGUACUGUACAACAGAAAAUGCUUGCAAUAUCUGGUCAAAAUUUGGAUGAAUUUAUGAAGGAAAUGGAAAAUGUACAAAAGAAGAAGGACCAACUGGACAAUCCAGCUGGGGCAAUACCUAUGCCUUCCAAGCCACCCCUAGCUCUACCGAAUCCGGCACCACACCCAUCGGAUCCAACAGUAAAAUAUGUACCAAUGCCAUCGAUUCCAAUGCCUGGUCCCAUCCAGCCUGCUCUCAUGAUACGCCCACCUCCACUUCGACCCGGAAUGCCUGGUAUGCCUGGAUUACGAAUGCCUCCCCGACCACCGCCAGGUAUUCCGCCACGAUUAGGUAUCCGGAUGCCGCCGGGACCUCCGGCUGGUCCUCCACCGAAGCACAUCCAGCAGCAACAUAUGCGUAACAUGCUGCACCAACAGCAGCAACACAAGGAUCCAAAAAGUGCAACUAUUUCGGCCAAACCACAGAUCCGAAAUCUUAGCGCCGAUGUUACUCGUUUCGUUCCCAGUGCCUUACGGACUAAAAAGGACGAAGGUGUCAAGCGACAACAUCCCAAUCGGCCCGACAUGGGACAUCACCAACAGUCACAUCCACAACAGCAGCAUCAACAUAUGCAUCCGGGUCGACCUGGUAUUGGAGCUCAUGAUCCGAGCAAACCCAGCAAGGAUGAUGCUUAUUUGCAGUUUAUGAGAGAAAUGGAGGGAUUACUUUAAAGAUUUUGCGAAGGUGGAAUUCAAAUGUUAAAAUAGUGGACAUAAAGCUAGUAUGAUUUGAAUGUAAGGUAAAUUUUCAGUAAAUAUUUGGAUCGAAUACGAAACUCACGGAAAAUUCAGUUCAUAUAUGACAGGCGUCAUAUAAAGAAUUAUCCUUGUAUUUUUGCAAACGUUUUUUUAUAAAGUGCAUCAACAAUGUUUUACUAGAAUUUUGCAAAUGGUACGUUCUAGGUAUAGUUGA